AUGAAGGAUAACAUUUGUUCAUCUCACUGUCGUUGUAUAUGCCAAUCCGAUACUGACGUCAACAGUAAGAAUGGUACAGUUACUAACGGUAAAACGCUGCUAGCUACAAACCACACGUUUGUUAAAUUGAAACCAAAUACUAUAACAGAUAUCUACAUAAAUUGUAUGUUAUUAACAUGUAUUUUAAUAACUAUCUUUGUAUUUUCUCGACCAUUUACAGAACAUUUUAUAAUACGUUUAGUAUUCGGUGAAUCUUUAAAUUAUUGUAAUUAUACAUACAUACCUUCAAAAUAUAACUAUCGUCGACCAUAUAAAAUUUACAAUUAA